AUAGUUCCACGACUUUGACGCCCCCUUGGAAACGGCCUCCAACGUUAUAAUAACACUGAGAUGCACUCCCACAACAACUAGACCAAAAACCUCUGUUUUAACGAAUGGGUCUGUUAAUGACAGAGCAUCCGGAAAAGAAGUCCUAUACAAAAAACCUGUGCCGUAAAGCAAAAUCCCUUCGUUCUUUUUCCCGAAAUGCCUUAUUACAACACAGCGACAACAACCCACAUGAUGAAACCCAUGAUUUUAACAACAAUUGUUCCUGCAUCUGGAGAAACAUCACCAUGAAGCUUCUCCUCCAGAACUACUCUUUCAAGAAUUUGUUCUCUAGACGAGCUAAAUAUAAUGAAGAUUCUUCUUCUUCUGCUGCUUCUUCAUACAUGGAGCUCAAGGACAAAGAUGAAGGCAAUGUUUCAGCUGAUGAAAUACCAAUUCCAAUGCCUGCAAUCCCACCUCCUCUCUGGAAGCCUUCAUGGAGGUGUUUUGCAUUUGAUGAAGUCUGUGGUGCCACCAACAAUUUUCAUGCUGAUAAUUUGGUGGGCAGAGGUGGAUAUGCAGAGGUGUACAAAGGAGCCCUACCAGAUGGACAGAUGAUAGCAGUUAAAAGACUAGCAAAAGGAAACACUGAUGAACAGAAAGAGAAAGAGUUUCUAACAGAGUUGGGUAUCAUUGGUCAUGUAUGUCAUCCCAAUGCAACCUCAUUAAUAGGAUGCUGCAUUGAGAAUGGACUUCAUCUCAUCUUCGAUUACUAUGUAAAUGGUAGCUUGGCUUCACUUCUUCAUGGCACCAGGACUCCAGUACUGGAAUGGUCAAUUCGGUACAAGGUGGCAAUUGGAACGGCAAGGGGGUUGCAUUAUCUGCACAAAUGCUGCCAGCGACGUAUCAUACACAGAGACAUAAAGGCUUCAAAUGUUUUGCUAGGGACAGAUUUUGAACCACAGAUAUCAGAUUUUGGUUUAGCAAAAUGGCUUCCAACGCAAUGGACUCACCAUUCUGUCACACCAAUUGAAGGAACAUUUGGGUACUUGGCACCGGAAUAUUUCUUGCAUGGCAUUGUUGAUGAGAAAACUGAUGUUUUUGCAUUUGGGGUAUUAUUGCUUGAGAUUAUCUCAGGUCGUAGACCUAUUGAUGCAUCAGAAAAAAAUCUGGUAUCUUGGGCCAAACCCCUAUUGGAGUCCGGAAACAUUCAUGAACUUGUAGAUCCUCGACUUCGAGGACAAUAUGACAGUCAUCAGAUGCAAAGGAUGGUAUUCACUGCAUCAUUGUGUAUAAGACAUUCAGCAAUCUGGCGUCCAUCAAUGAUUGAGGUCUUACAGCUAUUGAUUGAAGGUCAAAGUCAUGAGACAGCAGAUAGUUGGAAAAUGCCACCAUCCAUCAUGGAUGAAGAUGAUGAUGACUUUUGGGGAUUUGAUGAAUCCGAAAGCGAAAUUGAUGUAACAGAUGACAGGAGAUGACUGAGGGAUUUUCCCAGAGCAUUUUUGACCCUAAAAAUUGUUUCUUAACCUAUUGUCCUGUACUAACUGACGAGGUUAUACCUGUGUAACAUUAGAGCUUGAUAUAACCAGUUCAAGAGAAUAGAAUGUAUUCUAGGUGCAGAUUUCUUUUGAUUGGGAGAAACUUCCCUUACAAAAUUACUCGAGUGUAUCCAAAGCGAAAGGAUAUUGUAUGUGUUUGUAAUUUUUCUCUAUUAAGAAUGUGCAUAUGGUUGGUAUAAUAAAAAGCACUUGUCCAAUCUUACUGUUA